CUCCAUGGGUUCCCAGGGGCCCAAGCUCCAUCCCGGUCAGCUCCGCCCCCGCCCCGCACCUGCCCGGCUUUUUCCCCAGCUCGGCCCCACUCCUCCUCAGUUCUGCCUCCUUCUCCAGAAGCUCCUCCUCACCCAGCUCUUUCCCACACUUCCGCCCCAAAUACUCCUCCCCCCGUUCCUCCCACCUCCGCCCUGCCCCUCCCCCAGCUCCUCCCCAGCUAUUCGCCACAGCCCCGCCCCUUCUCUUCCGACCCGCUCCCCCGCCCACUUCCUGGUCCUCCUCUGGGUGCCGCUCCACGCCGCCGGUCUCGAACCUCCGAGCGGCCUGGCCUUCCGCGCGCCGCAUGGCCUGGCGGCUCCUACUCUGUCUCCUAGCGGCCGGAGCCUGCGGCAAAUGCGCGAUUGUUCGUAAGUGAAGACACCCAGACAAGUGGAAGAGUGUUUUCUCCUCUGGCCACCAAGCAGGCACCCUCUGCGUCGAGAGGCGCGUGAGGCCCUGGGAGCUCUGGGAGAUGAAGUUCGGCUGCCUGUCCUUCCGGCAGCCUUAUGCGGGUUUCGUCUUAAAUGGGGUGAAGACCCUGGAGACGCGGUGGCGGCCCGUGCUGAGCGGCCAGCGGCACCGCACCCUGGCCGUCCACAUCGCGCACAGGGACUGGGAGGACGCGGCCUGGAGGGAGCUGCUGGCCGGGAGGCUGGGGAUGAGCCCCGCGCAGAUCCAGGCCUUGCUGCGGGACGGGGAGAAGUUCGGCCGCGGAGUGAUAGCCGGGCUGGUUGACAUUGGGGACACUUCGCUGUGCCCGGAAAACUUAGGUCCCAACGAGGUUGCGGAGCUGGAGAAUCAAGCCCUGCUGCCCAACCUGCAGCAGAAGUACCUGACUGCGCUUGCCAACCCCCGCUGGCUGCUGCAGCCUGUCCCCGGGAGAGGCGGGAAGGACGUCUUCCAGGUGGACAUCCCCGAGCACCUGAUCCCCUUUGGGCAGGAGGCCUGACCAGACUGGGCUCUCGAGAGGAAGGUGACCGAGAGACCGGCUCAUUGUGCCACCGUCCACUCGCCUUCACGCCCUGGACGUGCACGUCUGGUUCGGUCUGAAUCGGCCCUGCCCCGGGGAGCGCUGCCCGCUCCGUGCUGUUCACGGAAGCAGACGUGCCCACCUGGUGCAGGGACAGGGGUUGGGACUCUCCUCGUGCGAUGCCGCCCUGGGCUCAGCGACACAGUCUCGAGGACUUUGACCUUUAGGAAAAGAUGGCAGUGCCACUCGUUUUGGCCCUACUGGUUCUGGGUGGUUGAGAGAGAUGUGUUUUGAGGGGACCGGUUAGCGUUUUCCCCUCUUUGGCCUGGUCAGAACUCCCAGAUGUUUGGACCGCGUCUGGGGAACGAACGAUGGGGGAAGGCCGGUGGCGGGCCUCGUGCACGCGGGAGAGGACCGCAGGCCCAGAAAGAGGGCGCGGUCUGUCCUUGCAGGUGACCCUGGCCCUGUUGUAAAGCGUCCCUUGGCUCACGAAGCGUGUGUGUUAGACGUGCUGCCCGGCCACUUCACGUCCGAAGACAGGCUCCUAAAUACAGCUCUGACGGCAAAGUGAAAA